AUGCGAUUAGAAGAAACAACUCCUCCGCCCCCUGGUCGUUACGACUCAUUCAGGGAGGAUGAUGCUGUAUCACUGCCCCGCGCCGAUACAGAUUUUGAACCAGCAUUAUUGAAAACCGCUCAUGAGGAGAAUGUCUCAGGGAAAUCGCAACCACCAGGCCCAAUACCAUGGAACAAAUACCCAAAACAUCGCUGGUGGCACAAGAUAGGACUCUUAGGUCUCGUCACACUGCUGGCUGGUACACUGGUAAUUUUGGCCUCAUGCGCCAUACUGGUGUUUCUUUGGAAAGGAGCACAAACAGCCCGGGAUCGCGGCGAGCCAGCCAAGUUUUGGAAAACCAUAGUCUUUCGUGACAUGGCUACCAAGGUCAUCACCAUCUGCUCCGCCGCCAUUCGUGUAUCGAUAGGCCUUCACAUUAGCCUUGUAGCAGCAGCUGUCGCUGCGCUAAUGCUUGAGACUACUGGCACCAGGUUUUGUGACAUCGCAGCAGUUUCAAUCCAGCGAGCAUCGGGUUCGAGUCCUUACACAAUCCUUCCUGCUUCAUUACGACUUACUAGACUCGGUAUAUUCGGUGUGCUGCACGCUUCGAUCAUGAUUCUGGGGACAAUUAUCCUAGUCGCUUCGACCUUUACGUCUACCAUACUGCUCACAGACUUAAAGAACGUCAAUAUAGCUGGACCGAUGCAGACAAAGCUUCUUCCAAUUGGACUCGGACCGAAUACUACCUUGUCUGCGAAUGGUGUUCUCCACUACAGGUCUAGUCCCUCUGCGAACUGGCGAUUCGGCGAGAUGAAAUCCGGCAAUGUUGCAUCGACUGCCGAGAUUGCCGACACCGGGAAUACAUACCGUGUUCUUCUGCCCUACAUGAAGGAGGAGUCUAGAACAACGCUAGAGCACUACUCUGGGCCAGGACUGGUGGGCAACUUCAGAACAGUCUGUUUCAGUCCCAGCCUUGAAAGGAUUCGCUUCGGUCUUACUGCAAGCAAAUCGGGCCUUCAGACAGAGCUCGAUAUCAGAUCAACGAAAAAUGGCCCGGAAUUUCUCAAGAAUUGGUCAGAUAGUAGAUUCACGUUUUAUGCCCAGCUUCCAACGAAGUGGAAUGAAAGCGACAGAGCUACCUUGCCACUCUCACUCGCUAACAAUUUCCAUGCUGGUCCCCGUGGGGAUCUCGGACUUCAAGAUCCCCUUUCAGGCCGGAACUUCACUUUUAUCCCCCUGAUGCUUCCCAAGUCCAGCCCAAUCCUGCUGCGUGGAUUUGGGCACCUGGACCUAGGUGGCGAGACUGACGAGAGCGAGGCGAUGGAUAAGAUUGAUCAACUGAAAGGACUAAAGACAAAUAUGGACGGCCGUUGGACGACAGCUUCGUUGAAGAAUGGCACGCAAGUGCUCAGUGCGACGCUGUGUUUUGUCGCGGAUAACGCACCAGAGCUGUACGAAAUUACCAUGAUUGGGAUGACUAUCCCAUCUGAGCCGAUAGUCGAGUGGCAGAGGAACGGCACUUCGAAGAGUAGUGCGCAACUGCAGGAACAGCUUGGCAUUGGAGUUUCCUAUAAGGACUACAGAGAUCGACAUAUUAUGCAGCUUAAGGUAGGAGUGCAUAACUCGAAAUACUCAAAGUCAAUGACGGAGCCAAGAAACUUUGCUCUUAUCCAAGCGCUGUUGGGGUACUCGCCCCAAGGAGGCUGGGCAAUGACAAAUUACAAGGAUCUCUAUGAGGAGGACUGGAUCGCUUGGUGGGCCGCGCACGCUGUGCAUGUCUCUCUUAUCCAAGACAUCCUUCGAGUCACGGGCGACCCUGCAUUAGCCAUACAGGCCCUUGCCUUUAGGUUUCACUCCAUGAUCUUCUACGACAGUAUAGCAGAGUUUGACCUGUACAAGCCAGUCACCACCAUAAGCUCAGUCGAGAUGCUCAUCUCAGUGCGGUGGACAGGGCUGGUCGUGGUUCUGAGCCUGAUCUUGGUCCACCUACUGCUAGUUUGCAGCACGAUGGUGCUGUUUCAACUCAAGACAAGGGCUUCUGGUCUGGGCAACGCUUGGCAGGCUAUCGCCCAGGUCGUGUCGACUGAAACGCGUGCGGUCGUGGAGGAGGCGAGUGCGGUGCGGGAUAAAGAGGUUGAGGCUUGGGCUAGGUCGUCAGGUGUUUCUAGAAGGCCAUACGCUGUAUCGAUGUCCGAUGUCAGGAACAGAAUGGAGAUUAUGGAACAAAAACUGUAA